AUGGAUUCGUCGCUAACUCGAAACCAAAAACAGUUCCAGUAUUUGGCUGACAAAUAUGCUCCGGCUGCGCCAGAAAUAGCCGAUACCCUGGCUAAGCUCCAGAUACCUCCAAAUACACCUCUUGAUAAUUCAAUUCCUGUUCCUCUGCCCUUACCACGCACGUACAGCUCCGGCUCCCAACAUCAACUUGCCCUCGUCAUCCGUGACGGACGCCGAGUAGCUAAUCAGCUUGCCUCGCUGGGCGAAGCGAGUAAAACAACUGCCUCUAGCCGAGAGACUGAGUCGCAACCUUCCCACGUAGCCACCUCCAUGUCGACCGCGCUAGAACAAGACUUCACGGUCCAAGGAAAGAAGGGCCAUCUUCAAUGCCCGUUCUCCAAACCCGCCACGGCCAGCGGCUCUGGGGCCCGCGACGAUGAUGCGCAGGAUACCACUCCGCACCACUCGACGGACCCCAUCUGCGCAGCCAUGUACGAAGAAUCUACAUCUCAGCAGGCUCGCACAAACGUCUCCUCCGCUAUCAAAUGUCCCAUUCGCUACAUGGAUAAACAUUCCGCAGAGGAGAUUGCCCACUAUGUUGAAACGCAUAAGCAUGAACUCCCUCGCAGCCAUGAAGUUUGCCUCCGUCGAUACCAGCGUGACGAAGACCAGAUCAAAAAGAUAGAUUCUAAAUACGGCGACAUUGUGAGCAUGAUAGAGGGCCUGGGUCAGCUUCAUGCCCCUAUGUUGCCCGAAGCGGAGGAUGAUCCGAAUCGACCAAGUGAUGUCGCCCAGCCUUCCAAUGAGAGAGUCGAGAACUGGGCACAGGCUGUUAGUGUAAACUCGGACCCCGACGAUACUCAGGUGCAAACUCAAGAGGACGGAGACCGGCAAAGUCACUUUGAUCGACCGCUCAAGGAAGUGCGAGUAGGAGAAUCUCCCAGUAGACCAUGGGGAAUAUCGAUUCCAGUCUACGAACUUUCGGGCCAGGGCGACGACCAACCUCUUUCACCACCACCGGCGCCAGUCUGUAUGCCUAUCUCGGCUCGAACUGCACCUAGCGCUCAAGAUUCCACCAAAAAGACGCCUGGCAAGUGUCCAUUCGACCAUACAAAGUUGGCUGCCAUGGGCAUGUCUGCACCUUUCAAGCAUGAUGCAUCAUCGGUACACAUAACACACGAAGGACCAGAACACCCACGAUCGUUCUCGCCUACCAAGGAAGACAACGGACCCCCUCCACCACCGCCUCCUCAUCAACAUGCGGCACCACCCCAACCUGCUUUUAUCAACCCCGAUAUGACAAAGGGGGUCAACAACGGACCCCAGAUGAUUUUCACGGGACCUGUCUUCAUUGGAUAUCCAAUGGACCAGGCCAUACAAUUUAUGAAUCAAUACAGAGGGAAUCAGUGA